GAUCUUGUUCCAAGUGUCUGUGUUGUGUCAUACUCGAAACAGGCCUGCUGUAUCCAACCUCACUGCUAUUCAAGCAGCGUGCUGCACGCCGACAUAUCGCAACCGCGCUCCCUGCCGCUCGGUGGGCACUUGAUCAUGGGGAUGGAACCCGUUGAGCAUGAACCCGUGCUCAACAUUUCAGAUGUCGUUCACGACGACACUUUAGGUUCAGAAGAUGACUUGAUCCACGAUGAUGACACGCUCGAUGUUUCCGACGCUUCGAAGUCUCCGCAGCGUGCCCUUCUUAGCUCCUCCCCCGACACUGACCAAUUCUCCGUUGAGAUGUUAGAGCGCGAAAUUGCAACCCUUCUCCAUCAGAAUGCAACUGCAGCCUCUGCAGCGUUGCUAAGCGCAGCGGAGCAGCAGCGACGAGCACAAAAUCCUGGGCGAGAAGACAGGGAGCAUACAGAACAAGUUCAAGGAGCCACACGGGACGCCAGUCAUGAGAACGGCCACAACACUGGUAUCCGAAGUACUUCAGACAUUGAGCUUAACUUGACCGGAAUAGCUGCCAUGUUGCAAGCUGCGCAGGCACACGCAGCAUCUAAAGGGCGUCACACGGAAGCUUCAGGAGACUAUGGAUUGGAUGCGACAAAGGGGCAACGCACGACACGUAACGCCCCUGCUUUCCAUUCGCUUACCGCAGAGGAAAACGAUGGCCAUGUAGUAGACAGUGUCCGAGAGAGCGAUGACGAAGACCUUGACUUGUUGUACCCUGCAGCGACACCGGGUGAUCGCAAUGGAUACGACUCUGAGCGGGAACGAUCUCCCUCGCUCCGUGGACAUACAGAGCGUUCCACUCCAGAUCGACGUUCCCCAACUCCAGGGGAGUUUGAUGACAUUAAUGAUAUACUAUAUCAUCUCUCAUCGCAUUUCGAAGCAGACUCAGAGUCUGAUCCUACACCCGGUCGCCCACGUCCAUCCUUGAGGAAAAGUACAUCCCCCAUUUCUCGCUCACGCGAUGGUUCUAGCUUGCCUUCUUCCUCGUCACGUGUCACGCAACGAUCAUCUAGACCGGAUCGGCCGAGCGUCCAAUCCACAGCAUCCCCGUCCCGCAAGAACGGUUCAGAAAAUAAAAAACAGAAGAGGAGAGAAAGAGAGAAAGAAAUUGAGAGGGAAAGAGAAGCGGAGAAGGAGAAAACAUCCAGCUUGCACACAUGCCAAGAGCCUCAUUGCCAUAAGUCUUUUACCCGCCGCAGUGAUCUUGCGCGGCAUACGAGGAUACACACUGGCGAGCGACCAUUCGUCUGUCAAUACAAUGCCUGCGGGAAGACAUUCAUUCAAAGGUCGGCGUUGCAUGUGCAUCAACGAGUGCACACAGGCGAGAAGCCACACUCAUGCGAAUACCAGGGGUGUAACAAAACCUUUGGUGACUCGAGUAGUCUCGCACGACAUCGACGCACGCACACCGGGAAACGACCUUACCAAUGCGAGGACCCAGAAUGCGACAAGACAUUUACCCGCCGGACCACCCUCACACAACAUAUGCGAACUCACGAUCCCUCAUGGGAACCAGAUCCUGGUGUUAAAUAUUAUCUGAAAGCAAAGAAACCGAGGGUUUCUGGAAUGGACGAUCCAGACCUGGAGGAGUUUGACCGUGCGUUAUCUGAAUUGAUCUCGCAGGCUAGCAGUACAAACAGAUCGGGGGAAGGUACCGGAUCCGAGGAAACACUGGAGGCAAGGGUGGCUUGUAUCAGUGCGGAGAUCGCUGCUGCUAUUGCGCAUGCAUCUUCACGAACUCUUAGUGAAGACGAUGACGGAGACAGGUAUGGAAUAGGGGGCAUUGUGCCCAAAACGAGCGGAAUCAGGGGUAGUACUACUGAGGGCAGGCGAGCUGGUGGCAGUGGUGGGAAUUGGGAAGAUGACGACGAUGAUAGUGAUACGUUUCCUAUUCCACUACGUACACGGAAGGGCAAGGAGUCGGCCUCGGUUGUCGGGACCAAACGGAAGAGAUAACAUUGAACACCUCCCCGAUUCCUCCCUAUGCAAAGGACCAUCGUGGGAAGAGGCUGCACC